AUGCCGAAAGAGAGGAAAGACCGCUCUGUAACUCAUGAAAGGUAUAGAAAAUCGCCUCUGUGUUGUGAGUCAAGCCGUGCUCUGAAGCCAAGUGAUAAACAGGUUAAGGAAUGGGAAGAAGCUCGUUGUCCCGUCUGUAUGGAACAUCCUCACAAUGGGAUCCUUCUCAUUUGUUCUUCCUACGAAAACGGUUGCAGGCCUUACAUGUGUGACACUAGCCACCGCCACUCUAACUGUUUCGAUCAGUACCGCAAAGCUUCUAAAGAGACAGAGGAAACUAAUGCACCAAUUGGAACAGAAGAUGUAGCUUCAGAGGUUGUAUCUGAGUCAAGAGAAGGUGAGGUUGUAGAAGAAGUAGAAGGAGAAGGCAUUGUUGCAACGGAGGAGGAGGAUCAAGAGAACGCCAAAUCAAAGCUUACUUGUCCGUUGUGCCGUGGACAUAUAAAAGAGUGGGUGGUUGAGGAACCUGCUCGGUGUUUCAUGAACGCAAAACACAGAAGCUGUUCUUCAGAGACUUGUGAAUACAGUGGAACGUAUUCCGAUCUGAGAAAGCACGCAAGGCUUCAGCAUCCAGGAGUGAGGCCAUCAGAAGCAGAUCCAGAGAGGCAGAGAAGCUGGAGGAGGCUAGAAAGGCAGAGAGACUUGGGAGAUUUGCUGAGCACGCUGCAAUCUUCUUUUGGUGGUGGUGGUGAAGAAAGAAGUAGCAACGACGAAGGGAUACUAUCGUUUGAAGAUGGUGGUUGGCUUACAGUGUUCUUCCUCAUCCGAGUGUUUAGACCAGAGUCGUCGAGUGGCUCAAGGAGGAGUAGUAGCUGGUCAGGUACAUCUAGAGCUAGGUCACAGAUAGGUGUGAGAAGAAGGUCUUCAAGGCUUUGGGGAGAGAGCUAUGAAGGUGAUACAGGAGGAACAUCAUCUAGAGAUGAAGAGAUUAACCAGUCUUCUGAUGAACAAGAGUCUGGUGCUCGUAGGCGUCGUGUGAGAAGAAGAUUCUUCAUUGAAGAUGAUGACGAUGAAGAAGAAGAAGAAACGUGA